AGACUGCAAAUAUCAUAAUUUCAAACCUCCCCUCAUAAACCUCUCUUCUCCAGACUCACCCAAACUCCAAUUCUCUCUCUCUCUCUCUCUGGCGCUUGGUAAACGGUUGCUGUAUCCCCAUGGCUAUCCCAUCAUGCGUGACGAACGACGAGUCGUUUAAACCCUAGACAGCUCUCCGUUUUUGGAUUUUGCGGCUCUCAUCUCCAUGUCGCUGGCCAAGAAUUGAAGUGAUUUGUUUAUGAUGAGAUUUUACUUUUUAUGUGCCAGAUGCAAAUUGUUUAGUGACAGAUGGAGUUGGACAGAAUAAGCAACUUGCCGGGUGGUGUUAUACAGAAGAUAUUGUCGUAUCUGCCGAUCAGGGAGGCUGUGAGGACGAGUGUUUUGUCAAGCAACUGGAGGUGCAAAUGGGCUAUGCUGCCGCGUCUCGUGUUUGAUGAUCAGGAAAUCGGUGUAACCAGCAAGACGAGGAGGAGGAGAACUACUUUUGUGAGCAUUGUUGACCGUGUUCUGUUGCUUCAGAUCGGCCCCAUUGAUGCUUUUGAGCUUGUCUAUAGGAAGUUUAUAGCUGCUAGUGAUGUUGACAGAUGGAUUCUUCAUCUGACGAGGAAGUCUUUGAAAGAGUUCACGCUCACGAAAUCCAGGGGGUCUCAGUAUAUUGUGUCGUCAUGUUUGUUUUCUUGCCAUGAGUUGGUUCAUUUGGAUUUACACAACUGUUUGCUUAAGCCCCCUUCCGCAUUCAAAGGCUUCCGGAGGUUGAAGAGCCUUCGUUUUCAGAAUAUUACUGUUGUCCAAGACGUGUUUGAGAAAUUGAUUGGUUGCUGCCCCCUGCUUGAGAGGCUGAUUCUCAUUGACUUAAAUGGUAUCACCCAUCUCAAGAUUGAUGCACCUAACCUCAAAUUCCUUGAAGUUCAAGAUACUUUUGAGGAUGUUAAGGUUGACAAUACCUUAAAUCUGGCCGAUGUUUCAAUUGAUUUUGGUGAAGCUUCUAGGUACUGUAGCAAUUUGCUCAAGUAUUUUGUUCAGCUACCACUUAUGGAAAGGCUUACAAUCAAGGGUUUCCUCACAAAGUGUGCUAUUGGUGCCUCGGCAGAGGAGCUGCCUGAACCAUGCAGAUGUCUGAAGUUCCUUUCUAUAGGUAUACGCCUGAAUAAUUUGGAGGAGAUAUUAGCUGCGAUAUGCUUUCUGAGAAGCUCACCUGCUCUACAGGAACUCAAAAUUUCAGUUCACCAAGAAGGCGAGGCUGCAGCUGGAGAAGCAACCUAUUGGUUGAACGAAAACCAUAAUUGGGCAUUCACCCAACUGCGACUUAUAAAAGUGACUACCUUCUCUGGUGUUAAGGCUGAAGUAGACUUCAUCAAGUUUCUUCUCUUGACCUCUCCUGCCCUUGAAGAGCUAGAAAUUGUGGCACCUUUUGAAGAUGUGGUUGUUUCAGGAGAAGUGGAUCCUUGGUUAGAUGACAACCUGAACUGGUCGUUCACCCAACUGCGACUUGUGAAAGUGACUUCAUUCUCUGGCGGGAAAGCUGAGGUAGACUUCAUCAAGUUUCUGCUUUUAAGCUCUCCUGCUCUUCAAGAACUACAAAUUUCGGCUCGCGAUCAGGUAGUUCUCGGAGAAGUGAACUCCUGGGUGGAUGACAACCAGAAUUCUGUAUUCACCCACCUACGAGUUGUGCGGUUAACAGGCAUUCAUGGAUUCAAACCUGAAGUAGAUUUCAUCAGAUUCCUGCUUUUAAGUUCCCCUGUGCUUGAGAGGAUGACUAUUCAGCCUACUUCUGUAGAUUGUUCAUUGGAGUUGUUAAAGAAAUUGGUCCAGUUUAGGCGUGCGUCAGUGGAUGCGGAGAUAAGCUACUUGGAUCCACUAAGUUCAGAUUCUGAUGAGGAUUCUGACUUUGAUUCUGAUGAUUAUACCGAUCUCGAGUCUGAUUCAGAUUCUGAUUGAACUGUAUUGCCAGCACUAGUGAAGGUUAUGCGUUCUUGAUGGGAUUUCGCAACUGGUUCUUGUGUUAGCACUCAAGGGUUCAUUUUGACAAUUAGUUGUAGUCUACACCCGGUUAUAGUUUUGUUACUGGUUCUCGUAAAAAUUAGCAUACAGUUUACAGUAGGAGACUAGGAGCCAAGUUCACAGCUUGCAUACUAAAUUGCUAAGAGAUCUUCAUAAUGCUGUGAUGCGGAAACUGAGUGAUCUCAUGUGAAAUUAUGCUGCUUCAUCUCAU